AUGCCGCCCGCAGAUUUCGUGCUGCUCCCGCGCGACCUGCCUUGGGAGCGUGCGUACGACCGCGAGGACGCGAACGCGCCGCAGAUCGCCAAGCUGCGCCUCACGCUCCCUGCCGACUACCCCGCCGGGACCGUCCUCAAGCUGCCCAUGCCGUGUGCGUGCAGCGAGCACACGUCCCGCUUCACUAAGAUCAAAGCGGGGACCUCGGUCAUCAUCAAGUGGGACCUCGGCAUCUGCGGCCUCGCAGCGCCACCAGGUGCGGACGGGGCGGGGGCGGGGGGCGCAGAGGUGGCGGAGGCGACAGAAGCAGCACCGCCGCCGCCGGCCGGGCUGGAGAAGGGUGCGGAGUUGGCAGUGGCGGAGCCGGCGGAUGCGACGGCGCCAGGUCCGGGGGCAGAAUCGCAGCUCAACUCCGAGCUCAGCAGCAGCGAGCUGAUCAGGAGCGAGCGGAGCAAGACGGGCUUCAAGUGCGUGAGCAAAACGAGUAGCGGUGCCACGCCCUACAGUGUCCAAGUGUCCCGCAAGGGCAAGACCGUCAUUCUCGGCAGCUACGCCACGGCAGAGGAGGGGGCGCGAGUCUACGCUGCCACGCCAGAGGGCAUCGCUGACCUGGCAGCAAGGGAUGCGCCACCACCGCCGCCGCAGCCGCAGCUCCCCUCCAACUCCGAGCUAAGCAGCAGCGAGCUUAUCAGGAGCGAGCGGAGCAGCACGGGCUUCAAGAACGUGAGCAAAAUAUACGGCGGUGCCACGCCCUACAGUGUCCAAGUGCACCGCGAGGGCACCACCGUCAUUCUCGGCCGCUACGCCACUGCGGAGGAGGGGGCGCGAGUCUACGCUGCCACGCCAGAGGGCAUCGCUGACCUGGCAGCAAGGGAUGCGCCGCCACCGCCGCCGCAGCCGCCGCAGCCGCAGCUCCCCUCCAACUCCGAGCUCAGCAGCAGCGAGCUGAUCAUGAGCGAGCGGAGCAAGGACGGGGCUUUCAAAGGGCGUGGACCAAAAACGAAGUAG